AUGGAUACGGCAAAUGAGAAGCCAGAAGAACUCGACUUAUGGCAUAAUGGCCUCUUCCGCGGGCAAAAGCCUCUAGAAGAUUACAUUGGUCUCUUGGACAAAUAUCUUGUUCUGGCGCCGUAUUUGCUUCCGAAGGAUGCUAAUAGUCCUCUGAACUGGCCCACACUUCGUCAUCAGGACUUGAACCCAAAUAACAUCUUUAUUUCACCCGACUCGAGCGCCAUAUCUUGUAUCAUCGACUGGCAGCACACAGCAAUCGAGCCGCAUCUACUAGUUGCACAAUAUUCGCAAGCAUUUGAGGACCUUGAUAUCGAACAAUUUCUCGAACUGAAAGAGCCAAAAAUUCCGGCAGACUACGAAACGCUGUCUGCUGAGGAGCAACUUGAAGCCGAUGAACUGUACGGACGACGUCUCAUCUUUUACUACUACCGCAUCUUCAACGGCCGCUUGAACAAGGUCCAUACCCAGGCGCUACGUGAUCCCUCCUUCGCCUCCUCCAGCACCUGGUGGAUAGGGCUGGUAGACAAUGGAGUGGAAACCUCAUGUCGUUGA